CAGUAAGAAUAUGCACAUAGGGAUUGUUUCAUGAUUUGGAAGGAAUAAUUUGCAAUAGACGUGCAAUUUUAUUGUGAAGGAUAUCAUAAAUUAGUUAAAGACAGCUCUGAAUGUUGGUAUCAAUGGUAUUUUGAAGUGUACAGCGUGGAUUUUUUUAUCAUCAAGCUGACCGAGUUUUGUUGUUCUUGGGACAGCGCUAGGUGGCGCUAACCGGAAAUAGAAAAUGUAAACAAACGCAUGUGCUAUAUACGAUCAGUACGUUUUUGACAGAUGAAGUUGUAAUAUUUCUAAUCAAAAUCGUGUAUUGGUUUUUGACGGAUAAACUUGCGAUAUUUCUGAAAUAAAUCUUGUAUGGUAUGGUUUAUAAGUAAAAAUGAGUGUCCAAGUAAAGACACCAACUAAAACUAGAUUUGAUUGUCAGGCAGAAAUUCAGUGUGGUGAAAAAAGUUUUUCAUCACCUGAAAGUUUCAGGAAAUCCAGAGAUGACUUGAGUAUUAAAAACGAAACUAAAUUUUCCCAACCAUGGGGUAGGAAAAGGAGGUAUAGCCAGAGUUUUCGUAGAGACGAAGGUAUUGCUCGUAGGAAAAGACUUAGGUCCACUCCGACAGGACCACUUCCAAACCGAUUUCUUAAUGGAGGAAGCAUAGAUGAUCCUUUAAAUUUGAAUGGCCUUGAUUCAUCAGAACUGGGGAAAGAGUUAAAUUCAGUCACACCACAAUCGUCCCCAUUACCAACACCUAUUAGAAGGCAAUCUGUAGAAGUCAGAAUUCCAUUCAAUAUCACUGAUCCAUUAAACCUGAAUGAUAGCGAUGAAGAGGCCGAUUUGGAAAAGAAAUUGAAAAAAAAGAAGCAGCGAAAUCGCCAUAAAAAGAAAGAAGAUGCCUUAAUUUUCAGUCCUCCUAAACAUAUAAAUAAAGACAAGAAUCUCAUGGAAGCUCUUAAAAUUGACAUUGAACCAGAAAAAGCUAUUCCAGAACCAUUGGGUUUCAAAGAAUUCCCUAAGCCAAGACCAGUUUGUGACAAGAUUGUGUCCCCCGUUAUUCCUCCAAAUUCUCCAAAGUGCAAGAAAAGGCGGAGAACAGACAGUGGUGGAAAACCAGACCCAUCGCCAUCAUUACAAAGAUCUCUUCCCAUUUCAUCUACCAGUCCAACAAUUAAAUCAGAAAAAAAGACAACUCCAAAACGCUUUAAGCAACCAAAACCAUCACAGACAAAAACCAGUGUGUCAGUGCAAAAAAGUGAGAAAAUUCCUGCUAAGUUCAUAUAUGGCAAUUACAACAGAUAUUAUGGUUACCGCACCCCAUCUAUGGAAGAUAAACGUUUAGAGUGUAUGAAAAAGGAGUGGUUUGAAGGUAAAAGUGUUCUUGAUAUAGGUUGCAAUGUUGGGAAUUUAACAUUGUCAUUAGCAAAGGAUUAUCAUCCGUCAAAAAUUGUUGGAAUAGAUAUUGAUCCCAAGUUGAUAACUGUUGCCAGAAAAAACAUCAGACUUUUCCUGUCAUCAAAUGUAACCGAUACAUCAAAGUUUCCGAUCUCCAAUGUUCUAAACUAUGGUCCAAUUACAGCACCACCUGUGUCUAAAAUGGAAUCCAGUAAACACAGAAAUUUCCCUCACAAUGUGUUAUUUAUGCAGGGAAACUUUGUGCUUGAGUCUGAUGAGCUGCUCGAACUUCAGAAGGAAGAUUAUGAUGUCAUCUUGGCAAUGAGCGUGACAAAAUGGAUCCAUUUUAAUUGGGGAGAUGAUGGUCUUAAACGUUUCUUCAAGAGAGUGUUCAAGCAGCUAAAACCAGGCGGGAGAUUUAUACUCGAGCCACAACCAUGGUCGUCAUACAAGAAAAAGAAGAAGUUAACAGAUGAGAUUUUUGAGAAUUUCCAGAACAUCCACCUGCGUCCAGACCAGUUCACAGACUACUUAUUGUCGAAAGAGAUUGGGUUUUCUACUUGUAACACUGUCGACGUACCAUUUAAUGCUUCAAAAGGCUUCCGUCGUCCUAUCAUUGUAUUCACGAAGUCGGACACGGUUCAAAACAGUCCCUGGUCGGAAGUAGGAAAUGCCACACCAUUGAGAAGUAACCAUCCAGCAGUAUUCGGGAGUCAUUUAAGCCAGAUCUCAGAGGACAGUUGCUGUUCGUGUUCGUCCGUCUCGCAUCAGUCUGUAGCAAGUGAUGCAAAUGACGUUGCUGCUGCGUCCCAGCAAUCUGCAGCCAGUGACAACAUUGAAAAGGGCGUGUCGUUUCAGGAAUCUUUAGUGCCGGAAAAUGUUAUUCAACCUUUGUUGACAGAAGAAUUGUUAGAUUUCACUGGCGACGGUUCUAUCAAACCGGUUUCUGCACAGCAUCAGCUUGAUGGAAAUUGCUCAAGUUCAACAGAUGUAGUGAUUCCCUCAGAUUGUAGCGCAAGUUUGAAAUCUGUGUCAGAAGAUGAACCUUGUAAGGAGGUAGUGUUAAAAGACGGCAAAGAAAGUACCAACACUUCAUUGGAUCAGGAUAUGUCGGAAACUCAAAAUGAGGCUGAAGGUCCCGAAGACACUGUGGCUGCUAGCUUAUCAAAAUCAGGUGAAAACUGUGGAUCUCCAGAAACAAAUCGUACAAAUAAUAACAUUGAUGAGAUGGACACUAAUGACUUUGAAAUGAAAGAAAAGGAUAGUUCUGAUAAGGACACUUAGCUUAAAGUUGAAUGACUCUUUUUGUGGCAUUAUCAAUCAGGAAAUCAGUUAAUAAGCUCAAGGUUAUUAUUGCAUGGAAAAACGAUAUUUGAGUUGAAUAAUUAAAGGUCACUUGAAGCAUACAGUGCACUAGGUUAUCUUUAAGGAUUGUUGAAUUUCUUUUAGCACCUUCAGUGUAUCCUAUAAUUUUAAAGAUGAUGUCCAUUUUAUACCAAACUUAAAGGCACAUUAUUCCUCAGAAAUCCAUUUUAUUUUUAAUUCUUUAGAAAUAUCAAACAUGUGUUUAAUAAUGUUUAAAUAAUGGAUUAAGUGCAUAUAAGAUG